CACUGUCUGCACCGAAAAACGUGUCCUAGUCGCUAUCUUUCAACCCGGGGCGUGUCUUAUCGGGUGGCUGGCAGGUUUCGCAUUUUAUAUAACAUCCGUCUUUAAAACCGAUCCUAGAAGGUUGUAUGCGCUCCAGUACAGUACCGUCCACCACCAACCAUGGAACGUGACCGUCGCACAAAUGUAGUAGCUGCAGCAGCACUGCUGGUAGUGCUUUCGCUCGCCCUAACGCUACACGUUGCCGAGGCCAACAUCUUCGGCGGUAAGCGCUUCCUGAAGGCGCAACAGGACUGUGUACACUUUCUCGGCAUCAAUCCACUCCGCAUGGGCCAGUACAAAAAGUUCGUGUAUCCGGGCGAUCGGGAAACGAUGUGCAUGAUCCGCUGCAUCGGCAUUACACUGGACUUCUGGGACGAUAUCCUAGGGUUCAACGUUAGUCUGGUGGAGGAUCAGUUCAGCCCGCUGGUUAAUGCCACCUUCAAAAAGCAGCUUGCCGACAACAUUGCGCUUAAGCUGGAGCUGCUUGAUCCGCUGGAUAGUUGCUCGAGAGCGUUCUACGCUUUCCGUACGUUCCGUGCCAUGCUGCGUCAGCAGCUGAACGGCACGGUUACACCGGUGCCAGACGUCAACUUUGUGCCGCUACAACCAGUGCAAAUCUUAAACAUCAUCGUAGACUGUGCGCGUGAAGUGAAACUGCCUGACGCCUUCCUGACCAGCCUAUCCAAGGGCAUCAUCGUUGACUGUCCGGAGAUGCGUUGUCUGAUACGCUGUGCCGCCAUGCGCAGUAAACUGUAUACCGAUCAGGACGGAGCUUUGCUGGCCAAUUUGCACCGCCAGUUUGAGCCUCCGGGAGAGGAUCUGGCCAGUUUCGAGUUACGACAGAAUAUGUGCUUACAGCGGAACCAGCAACCAGCUACCGCGGACAACUGUACCCGUGCAUUCCGGCAGUUCUUUGCCUGCCUGCGUCCAGAUUUCGAGCAAUAUUUCAUCCGAAACAAAGAGAGUGUCUUGCAGCAUCCCAUAUUUAAGAGUGAACAGCUCUCGGAAUGCCAAGCCUCGCUGUUAGCACAACAAACAUCACAACAAACGCAAACAAAUGCUGGAAUGGAUCCGUUAGGAGGAAUGAGCGGAAAUUUGGGGUUACUAUUAAGCUCGUACUAAUCUUAAGCUUGUGUUGUCGUACUUUAUUCCAUUAAGUUUUGUAAAUAUAAAAAAUACUUUGUCUUGAACCAUCCCAAGCGUCCAUUUUGUUCAUUUGUCAAGGCUUUUCGAGCAUGACGAUAGCUACUUCAUGUUUUAUUCCAGAACGAGAUGGGUCCCUGCAGCUUCAGAUGGGAAUGCUAGGUAUCAAGGGCAAUGCAAAUGGAUUAACACUACGAAGACAAAACACGACAAUUAUCAACGUGUUUACACGGCCCGAAGCCCCCACACAACUGUCACAAAUGUGUUAUUUCUGCAUAUGAUUUUAACCAAAUAGACGAACUAUCACACUAUCAAACACACACACAAAUACACGAGAGAUAGGGAGAGGAAAACAAGGGCAACCGUCAAAGGAGCACAUAAAAUUUACAUUUAAUGCAAACAAAACUCUGAAAUGUGGCUCCCUCUGUGUGGCUGCUAUGUGCAUUCGCCUCCGUUAGCGGUUUAAAUCCGGAAUUUUCGCCUCUUUCCCGGGCGCGCUCAGGCACCAGCACUUUGAAUACAUAAUCGGAAACUCAGGAAGCUGCUCCACUAACCGACGGAAGCGGAUAAUGCACUUGUGCCCGGUGGUGCCAAGUGGUUGGUGUGAGCCAAUGGUAAAAAGACUAUGUAAGAUAUGCAAAGGCAGACACAGACACAAACGGGUGCGCCCGAGCUGCCCGCCAGGAAAACCUGCCCAAACGAGCUUUACAGGAGCGUACAAUUGUGAGGUGGUUUUGCGAGAACAAUGCUCGCAAUGGUCCCACCAGCCGGAGUACCAGCGUGCCAGGGUAAGAAAAUAAGCUCCAAACGAAAAGAAAGAGGGAAAAAAAGUGCUUACAUUUACAUUUCAUUACACCGAGUGCUGCAAACCGAUCGGUAGUGGUGUGUGUGUGCUGGAACGGUGAGCUCACUAACGAAAACUUUGCUACCUUUACCUUUGCAGCAACCAAAAAAAAAAGUGUAUAUAUAAAACACGAGAAUGCCCUUGAGCAUGCUGGAGCAUCUUCACAAUAGGUAUGAAUCCGAAUCGCUGCAAGGCUUGCGACAUGAAGUAUGUCACAAUGUGCAAAAGUUUUCAUUGCUGAUAGAGGUUGAUGUUACUGUGCCAAUUUGUGCAUGAACCGCCGUUUGUGCUCUAUCCGACAGGUCAACGAUCGCUAAUAGGAAAUAUUGUACUCGUUUAUUAUGUCAAUAGUUAACUGAAGCACUCAUGGAGCUCAACAGCUUAGAUUGAGCAAUGGUGGUAUGGAUGAGCUAAUGCAUUUUUAUAUGACAGCUGUAAGCUGAUGAAGUUAAGUUAAAUUUUUUAUUCCAGUCAACUACAUCGUAGACUCAACAACCUCGAAAUCAAUCAAUCAGUCAAGUCCUGAGUCCUGGAUUCGAUACUCGAUCCUCAAUUUAAUCCUUCCUCUGAUACAAUCUCGAAAGGUCCCGGUCUGCCAUUUCUAGCUUCCUGUAACUUUAUUCUACCCUCAAUUUAUUAUAACUAGUAACGGUACAUGAAAUGAUAUCUAAUUUAGCCUUCAACAAUGUUGACAAUCAUUAUGUUUAUACUUUAAAUCCAGUAUAGAAACAACAAAGAAUAUUUCAAAUCGUAACUUCACUCAUUUGCAUAGGUAGUAGUAUUGCAAGCAGCUCUGAAUGUCUUUCUUACUUUCACAUAAUUUUUUCUAGUUUUAUUUAAACUUGUACUUGCACAAGAAUGUACUGGAUUAGCUUAAACAACUUACAAGAAACACGGGUACCGAUGGCAAAAACCAGGGUUGCAGCUGGUUUGCCAUUUUCGCUUUUUAUGUACAUCGUAAAUUGUGUUUUUAUGGCACAUACGGUCAUACGUGACCUUUGCAAUGCUCAAGCCAUGGUAAAAAGCUGAUUUGUGUGGAACAAUGAAGAAACUUGAAACAAAAGCAAUAGAUUGUUUUGAUUGUAGUAACAUACCAGAAGAUAAAUGAAUGUUAUAAAAUAAUAAAAAUGAAAAUAGUUAAUAGAUAUAGUUUCAAAUUCAUCUUCAAAGUGCACAGAAAAAAUGAGAUUCUUAAAGACGCCUGGAAGCAUACCGUGUCCGUAUAGCUUACCGAGCAGUUAGUCACUUUCUCCACUUUCUCACACCUCAGGACGAAACUUGUACUCAAUUCAAAACGGCUCGUUAACCGAACAAAAUGAAAUUCGAUUCAUAUUUCCCUACCCCGGUACGGCAUAGGCUCUGGGGAAUAGAAUGGAACUCCUACUGCCCCAGACAUCGCACAUUUCCAUCUGGUCAAAUGCAACGUCCCGGACAUGUUUCCGAUGCCCAAGUCAGUCGCCCAUAUUUCGUUCGAUUCGGUUUUCAAUACGAUAAUAUUUACUCGACCAUAUGUUGGAACUGCCGCACCGCAUACACAUGCCGACGGCAUCAAACGCAACGGUCAACUCCGCACACACGGUGUAGACAAAGAGAGCAUUGGCAAGCGUAUAGCUGAAGGUCUUCGGACCAGCGUGCAGAGAUGCAAAAGCACAGCAAACGAAUGCUGGAAAUUUGCUGCCAGAAGGAUUCAAGCAAUCUGGCUCGUCGGCGAUAUCUGAGCCCGGUAGCGAAUAGGCCAAGUGAUUGAGUGGGCUUUUUAUCUGCACUAGACAGCACACGGGCCUGUCGGGCCGACCGAAGCCAAGAGCCCUUGUAUUUAUGCAAAUUCCAAAUAGGCACUAGCCAAUUUUCGUUUUGCUACUGCUUUUCUGCCAAUAAUUCACCACAUUUCCAUCAGAAUUCGAGUCGUGCAUCCGGCAAACCUACGCUCCUCAUAGGAAACGGGAAGGGAAGGACAACGGACAAGCUUUUCUGAUUGAGAAAUGGAAGCAAAUAUGUUAUCUGCGCCCCUUUUGCCGGCGACAAUGCACAGAUGGGAGAAUUUUGGAGAUUGCAUUCUUUCCGUGCAAUGAUAGUUGACCAUUCGUUGGAUUCGGGUUUUUAACUGAAUGAUUUAAUGUAUAUUUUUAUAAGCAUCUUUUUCUAUCAAGUUUGCUAAAUUCAGUUUCAAUAAAAGAAUACCUGUAUAACAUCUAUAAAAACAGGCAAAGCAAAUCGAGAAACCAAUAAAGUUAUCAGCAGAUUGAGUGUUUUUUUUUCAAGUAAAACUUUCUGCAAAAAAGCCAUACAAACGUAGAAACUUUUUUUUUCACGAGGGACAAAAGAAAAAGUUAUGAAUCGUACUGCAAGGAUGUUGAAGUUCGAUAAGGGAAAUAAAAAAAAAGACUAACCAAUCAAUACGAUCCGUAAAAUUAAAAGCCAACCUGAGUUAACCAAGGAUAAAAACUAUUGUUUUUUUAUGCUUCGAAUUUUAUUUUUUCAAUUCCAACCAAAUAAAACAAAAACCGAAUCGUUAAAAAGGUAUACAUAUAGAUAACAACGCAAACGCCUUUUUUCAUUUCAUUCAAAAUUUUCAUUCGACGCGAGACAAUGAAGUCAUGCGAUAUGAAACUUUGUUUCUAGACUUUUCUCAUUGGAACAAUUGGAGGAUAAUUGAAUUAGCAUUAAACGAUGAUUGGGUGACCACAUCGACACAUAUAAAAUUAUUCAAUAAUUCGAUUAGUUUUUCAUGUCGGUUUAUGGUGCAAGUAGCAUUCGUGCCAGGUAAAAGCAUUUGCAUACGGGUAUGUGUGUGUGUUUUCCUUUAUUAUUUUGACAAGAGCUUUCAUUUGCAUCCCAACAUGUUUGAGAGACAUGACUUAAUUUAAUUAACACAAACGUCAAACUUUACUGAAUUAUAUAUCUUGACGCCAUCUGCAUUUCGAUUUUCACUGCAGCAUUUUUCCCAAUAUAUUUGGCAAACGUACACACAGAACUAUAAUAAGAGAAAAACCUAUGCCAUCCCCGUUAACAAAACAUUAUCCAAUUUCCUAAAACCGAUUGGCAACUCUUCCCCAACAUCCAUUUGAUAUCGGUUCAAUUCGCGAGGGAAACACAACCCAUGCCCGAAAAUUCAAACCUCGCCCAGGUGCUCUUCAUACUGGCCAAUGUUUGACGAUCCCGGUUGCAACAUAAAUCACACACCUUCUUUCACCCCUUUUACGCUUGUUCGAUUCGUUCAGUGGCGUUCCUUCUGCCGGGCUCAUGACGAAGGUACGCAGCAGUAUCAUUCGCGAGCACAUAAAUAAUCAUCACCAGUGUGUAAUCGGUUCGGUCAACCCACUCUAGUUUGUGCUCACAAAUUCCGUACCGUCCAAAAAACCGUCCAAAUGUCACAAUUAUUUUGAUUUCAGAUUUUAUCGCUCCGGUAAUCAAACAACGCCCAUCGGACCUGCUCACUCACCUCAGCUCAGCACCAUCCACCGAGUCCGGUUCCGAGCUGGCUAGAGAACCGAUGCUGGUCGCGUCGGUCACACCGUAAAGCUGUAAUUGAGAACUUUUGCCUAAUUACAGCGAUACUCGAGAGCGGCGGUGCGAUAUCCUGCCGUGUUUGCGCUAACAAGU